CGUCACGGCCACGAACACGACUUUAAGUAACGGGUGGGGCGCUCACACAGCAGUAACUUCGUCUCCAUACCUACUAGAACAUCAUGGCCAAGGUGCUCUUCCUCCUGCUGUCAGCCGCUGCCCUGGCGCACGCCGCAAACAUUAAGGACUGUGGAAGUAAAGAUGCCACAGUGGAUUUUGCUAAUCUUGUUGUGACCGGAUGCACCAGUUCUUCAGUGCCUUGUAUUUUUGAGAAAGGAAAAGAGGCCAGCAUCUCACUGCCUUUCACACCUAAAUUCCAGGUGAGGCGUGUAAGAGCUCAGGUGCACGGAGUUAUCCAUGGCGUGGCAAUUCCUUUCAAACUAAAUAAUGCGAAUGGUUGUGUAGGGUCAGGCUUGCAGUGUCCCCUGAAUGCUGGUCAGGAGUAUACCUACACAGCUCGCCUGCCAGUUCGUUCCAUAUACCCAUCGAUUUCAUUGGAUGUGAAGUGGGAGCUUUUAGAUGAAAGGAGCAAACCACUGGUUUGCAUCUUGAUUCCAGUACAGCUGAAGGAGAACACAGCUUAAGGUGUUUUACACUAAGCAAGUAUUCUAUGACCUUAUUUUUCUAAUGAGUACUUGAUUGAUGAUAUCUUAGCUAGAAUAUCAUAUUCUAUAAGUAGUUCAUCCUGUGUAUCUUAUGUUUUGUUAUGGACUCAGUACUGUAAUGGAUUUAUUACCACAAUGUUCAAACUAUUAUUUGAGAAUAUGUAUUCUUAGUAAUGAAAUGAGCAUUGUUAAACUAAUUUAUACUGUUUUUGAAGAAAAAUGUAGGUGGACCCAAGUAUGUAAAUCCAUUGCCUUGUUACUCUUAUUGAAAAAUUAAGUAUCAUGUAGGGAUGCAUUUUAUAGAUUAUUAGACUUAACUUACUAUUUAUACAUUUAGCUAAUUGAUGAUACCAAAUAAUAUCAAUUUAGGUAAAUACAUGUAUCCAUUUUAUCCAACUGACCAUUUCAUUUCAUGCCCAUGACCUAGGUUAUGUCACUGUUGUGGUGUGACAUCACCUUGAAACAAAACCCAGGUUUUAUUGUCAGAAAAAAAAAAAAAAUAAAUAAAAAAAUAAAUAAAAUAAAUAAAUAAAUAAAAAAAAAUAAAGAAAAAGUAAA